UCGGGAUGCUGUUGGUUAGACAGUCUGCGGUCAACUCGUUCGAAGUUGGCACGGUUAAGUCCGGUCUGUAAACAAGAGCGUGAAGAGAGUGGUGUGCAGUGGGGUGAUUUCACUGAAUUAAAGGGAUAGUUUCGAUUGUAUUUUUAUAUUUUUUGGUUUUUCAUGUUCCUGCAUUGAGGAAAAAUGGAAAAUAAAAAUUUCAUCCCUGAUAGCAUCCCUGCAGAUCUCGACAAGAGUUGGCACAUUCCUAGACCCACACUAGCUCGCAGCUCGAAAAGUAGUCAAGGCUCCACCUCAAGCAAUAACAGUACACAGAGUGUUAGAUCCGGCUCCCUCCUCCUAACGGCCGCCAAUCUAGCACAGAUCCACCACCUUCAACAAGACGACAACCAAGAUGCCACGGAACCCACCCCAGCCACGACCCGCGAUCAAAAUAUCCGGUAUUUCCUCGAGAACCAAUUGGGAGGGCCUUUGUCGGCAUCCAUCGACCUCGGUAAGAAGAAAAUCGAACCGGAUAGUGUGUCGGUAGCGAGCAGCACGCACUUCACGGUGGUCAACAUGAACUCCAGGCAGCAGAGGCCGCCGCAGAGGAGCUUCUGCAGGAAGCACCAGCUGACGAUACUGGUGCUGACGAUGUCGGCUGUGUUUACUGUCGGAAUUAUGACCGCCAUAUUGCUUUUGGAAAUAAGGGCUAAGAACCAAAGGUUUUAAAACACCUAAGAAAUCCAAGUACAACUUUACACUUCCAGUUUUUGGUCGAAAGAAAAGGAAGACAAGCAAAUUAUAGUUAGAUUUGUCACUCUUUGGCAACUUUUUUUUGCCAAACAGUCAUCUGCUUCUUACAUUUCUGUUUAUGUACGAG